UAUAGAUUUCCUCCUUCGUCCUCCGUUCAGGCAUCUACCAAAUCGCAAACCUUGGCAGCGGCCAAGGAAAAACGGAAGAAGGGGAUCGAUUGUCCUCCUCCCGUCCUCCGACGGUCCGGCCACCGUUGCCGUCGUACCUAAAGGUCUCAAAGACAAACCAAGAGUCUAAGACAGCCACUACCUCCUUUCUCCCAAUUCCCAAAACCCGACAGCCCGCUGCCCAAGCUCGACUCGUCCUCUCUUUGAGUCUUUGUCCCGAAACAAGCGAUAGCCGUUGGCCGCUGCUUCCUCCUCCUCCGGUCACUCUCUCAGGUAUCCAGCAGCAACAGCUGCCUCAUCCUCCCGCCGUCGAUCACACCACCGCCACUCUCUUUGUUUCUCCAUCUGUAGUAGUAAUGGAUGAGAGGCAUCUUGAGUCUAGGCAUGACCGUCGGGAAGAGAAGGCCGAUCCCGAUGAUUCUCCGAGAUUAGUUGAUGAUUUGGGGCUAAGUGGAGUUGAAAAGUUUAACAAGCAUUAUGGAAGAGAGAAGGAUAGGAGGAGAAGUAGCAGAGGAGAUGAGAAAGACAGAGACACGGAUCAUAGAGCGAAAGAACGAGAUAGAUCUAGGAAGAAUAUUGAUGAUGUUUCAGAUGAGAAGUUCACGAACCAGGGGAAAGAAAAGAGCAAGGAUGUAAAGGGAAAGGAUAAAGAUCACGACCUGGAUAGAUCUGGAGAGGAGCUUGAACGAGAUAAAGAUAAGGACAGAAAAGACCGAGGGAAGGAAAAAAAUAGAGAUAGGGAGAGAGAGACUGAUAAAGAGAGGAGCAAGGAGAAGACUAUAGGUAGGGACCGAGCAAAGGAUAAGGAAAGAGAGAAAGAGAAUGACAAGCUUAAGGUUCGGGUGAAGCUUAGGGAAAAUGAUAAAGAUGGAGACAGAGAGAAGGGACGAGAGAAGACAAAAGAACGAGAAAGAGAAGUAGAUCAAGGUAAAGAGCGAUCAAGGGAUAGAGAUGGGAGCAAAGAUGACUUGCAAGACGAUCCUAAGAAGGCCAAGGAUGAUAAAGUUCUGGUGGACCGGGAACAUGAUGGACAUAGCAAAUUUUCGUCACGAGCAAAAGUGUCCUUUCUUGAUGAAGAGCAGCAAAAUGCUGAUCGCUCUUCCAGUGGAGGACAAACAUCAACAUCUGAACUUAGGGACCGUAUUAUGAAAAUGAAAGAACAAAGAACAAAGAAAAUAGAUACUGGUUCAGAAAUCCUGUCUUGGGUAAGCAAUAACCGUAAGCUUGCGGAGAAAAGGAAUGCUGCAAAGGAAAAAGCCAAGCGGCUGUCAAAAAAUUUCGAGGAGCAGGAUAACAUCGGUGAAGAAGGAAGUGAUGGUGAAGAGCAGAGCCAUAACCAUUCACAUGAUUUAGCUGGAGUUAAAGUUUUAGAUGGCCUUGACAAGGUAAUGGAAGGUGGAGCAGUUGUUUUGACUCUUAAAGAUCAGAGUAUUCUUGCUGAUGGCGACAUCAAUUAUGAGGUCGAUAUGCUUGAAAAUGUCGAAAUUGGGGAGCAGAAGCGCCGUAAUGAAGCUUACAAGGCCGCGAAGAAGCCGAAGGGCACUUAUGAUGACAAGUUCAAUGAUGACCCUAUGGCAGAGAAAAAGAUGCUUCCUCAAUAUGAUGAACCAGAAGAUGAGGGACUGACCUUGGAUGGUAGGGGGAAUUUCAGUGGUGAAGCAGAGAAAAAACUGGAGGAGUUGCGUAGGAGACUACAAGGUGCUUCCACAAAUAAUCGUAAGGAAGAACUAAACUCAUCAGGAAGAAUAUCGUCUGAUUACUAUACUCAAGAAGAAAUGGUUCAGUUUAAGAAGCCAAAGAAGAAGAAAUCCUUGAGGAAGAAGGAUAAGUUGGAUAUAAAUGCUCUUGAAGCAGAAGCCAUCUCCACAGGGUUAGGCACUGGUGAUCUUGGUUCUAGGAGUGACAGUAGAAGGAAGGCCAGAGAAGAACAAGAGAGAUCCGAGGCAGAAAUGAGGAAUGCAGCAUAUCAGUCAGCUUUAGCUAAAGCGGAGGAGGCAUCUAAAGCAUUACGAUUAGGACAAACAAUUCCUUCUGCUGCUGAUGAGGAAGUUAAUGUUAUGGGUAUGGACGAGGAUGAAGAGGAUGACCUCCAGAAAUCUGUUGAAAGAGCAAGAAAGUUGGCACUGAAAAAGCAAGAGAAGGCUCUAGUUGGCCCUGAAGCAAUUGCUCGUCUUGCCACCAAUAUUAAGAGCAGUCAGACCGCUGACGAGCAAAACCCUGCUACUGAUGAAUCACAAGAAGGCAAGGUUGUCUUCACUGAGAUUGAAGAGUUUGUUUGGGGACUGCAGCUUGAUGAAGAUGCCCACAAGGCUGAUGCCGAAGAUGUGUUCAAUGAUGAAGAUGUUGCAGCAGUAGCUACUCAUGAGGAGAUAGAAGAUAAGGCUGGUGCGUUGGCCGAAGUAAAUGAGAUGGUUAAAGAUGAAGACACUACAAUGGAGGAUGCAAAAGAGGUAGCUCCAGAUGAGAUCAUUCAUGAAGUUCCUGUUGGUAAAGGAUUAUCAGGUGCAUUGAAGCUGCUCCAUGAGCGAGGGUCGCUGAAAGAAAGCAUUGACUGGGGUGGUAGAAAUAUGGAUAAGAAAAAGAGCAAGCUUAUUGGCAUUGUAGAUGCUGAUGACGGGAAGGAGAAGGAGAAGAAUAAAGAUAAGGACAACGAUCGAUUUAAGGAUCUUCGUAUUGAGAGGAGGGAUGAAUUUGGGCGAAUAAUGACACCAAAAGAGGCAUUUAGGAAGAUCUCUCAUACAUUCCAUGGCAAGGCGCCCGGGAAAAUGAAGCAAGAGAAGCGGAUGAAGCAAUAUCAGGAAGAGCAGAAGCUGAAGCAAAUGAAGAAUUCAGAUACUCCUUCAUUAUCCGUGGAGAGGAUGAGGGAAGCUCAGGCGCAGCUAAGGACACCAUAUCUCGUUCUUAGUGGUCACGUGAGACCUGGGCAAACGAGUGAUCCAAGGAGUGGUUUUGCAACGGUGGAAAAGGAGUUUCCAGGGGGGUUGACACCAAUGCUUGGUGAUAAAAAGGUCGAGCAUUUCCUGGGGAUAAAACGCAAGCCUGAGCAUGAGGAUGACAGCACACCAAAGAAGGCCAGAACUUAAUCGAACUUCCAUCUCUUGCUAUUACAUUACUUACAGGUCUAAAAGAGACGAACUACCCAGUUACUACCAGCCGUUUUCUCUUUGGACUUGAAAACAUGUCAUGAUUACCAGUGAAUGCUGAAAUUUCAGUUGCACCAAAUUUUUGCAGAGAUGAGAUUGUUUGCUCCGAACCAUUGCAACGAACACCUGUUCCCGGGUUGGUGUCCAAGUGUCCAUAGGCAAUUGAACUGAAGAUUUCUGUACCGUUUUCCCGUCUCAAUAGCCUAGAUUGCCCUGAUGGCUGUGCUAUGCUGACACUACUAAGUUUUGGGAGUGAGGUUCUCUCGUUGCUGAUGCAGCGGCCGAACUCGCCUAGCUAGCUCAGUUCUUGCUUAGGCUGCAAUUUGCAUACAGAUUCGAUCAACUUCCAUCUCGUGCAUGAUUUUAACCAUUGCAACUAACGAUAGUGAUGAUGUUGGGUAAAAAAGGAAAGGAAAACAGACGAACGAGUGGCUGAAUGGCUUAUGAAGCGAUGCUUAUGUGUAACUAGUGGGAUAUGGUUUGAUAACUCUCUGAUUGGGUUGAUUUGAUCAGAGAAGCAAAACCUUGAAUUCAAUCGAGGAUUGGUUGAAUUUCGGAUAGGAAGAACACAAAACAGAGUCUUGUGUGUGUUUGGAUGAUAACCUUUCAUGCAACUUUCACAAAGGGAAAGAGGUUCAAUUGGUGUCGCCGAUGCUUGGCCAUUAACAAGGUGUGUACUUGAA